AUGGAUACCACACUCAUCUCUUCAUCUCGAUCGACGGUCCAAGGCAUCGCGGGCGCUGCCAUCGGACUGUCAAGCAUCCUCGUCAUCGUUCACAUUGUCUCAAGGCGUGUUGCAAGGACUUUCAUUUGGUGGGAUGAUAGUCUGUUAUGGUUGGGUGGCUGCAUGUCACUUGUGAUGAAUGCCCUCUUCAUCCAUGGAGCACAAUUAGGUCUUGGUGCAUAUGAGGAUCAAGUAUCCUCAUCACAACUUCAAGGCGUCUUCAAGAUCCUCUUUACCAACAACUUGAUUCACUUGUGGGCACUGGCCUCUAUCAAGGCUUCAUUACUACUCUUUUACAACCGCAUGUUCGCCAGCUCAAACAACACUCUACGCUGGACAGUUUAUUUCUCUCUUUGCCUCAUCUUUGUAUGGGUCAUCACAUUCUCUGCCGUUUCAAUCUUCCAAUGCACACCGGUCUCAUACUUUUGGGACAGUGAUGUCGCUGGAAGAUGUAUCACUUCUGACUGGACUUCAAGGACAGCCAUUGCCAUCUGUGACACUAUCUUCAACUUGGCCACCGACUUCCUCUGCUUGAUGGCACCUUUCCAGGUGCUUCGCAAGCUGCAGUUGACCAAAGGCAAGAAGGCAGGCUUGGCUGCUGUCUACCUCCUCGGUGGCUGCAAGAUUGUCAUCACUUUCAUCCGCGUCCUCUACCAGAUUGAUACUCCUUACCUGGCCUCAUCCGACCCUCUCUACUCAUCUUUCGCUCCCACCAUCUUCCUCAUCAUCGAAACCAACCUUGCAAUCGCUUGUGCUUGCUUGCCUUCCUUCUCUGUCAUGAACGGUCGUGCAAUCUUCGUCAAGACCAAGCUCGCCUCUCGUUCCAACACUCCCGAAAUCAUCGAGCCUCCUCAAUCUCCUUACUGCCGUCCCAGCUUUCAACAACAACCAUUCUCAGACACCUCUCUUUUCCUGACUGAGUUCAAACGUCAGCCAGCAGCCGAGUUUCCAAUUCUCACCACCAUCUCUAGCAAUGUUCCAGAGGAGCCCGCUCGCCUGCCCAGCCUUGAGUUGGGUAGCUUUGCCCAAUCUUCUGUCUUUGACAUUCUCAAGCCUGCCGGCGCCAUCGUUAAGACCUUGGACGUCGAGCAGACCAUUGAGGAGUUUGCCUCGGUCAGAACUCUCAAUGUCGAACAAACAAUUGAGGAGUACGACUACAUUAUGAGACAAGCGUCCUUCUCCAUUGUUUGA